AGGAUGUAAAGAGGUUGGUGAAAGACCAGUUUAUUGAUGAUAUAGUGUUCAAGUGUUCUUCACUGGACAGUGACUUAAUCAAGGCAGUCAAAAGACUCAUCAAUGAGCCUUUGCAAUUUGCAGUUACCCCAAAAUCCAAAAGAGGAGAAUCUGUCACUCCGAAAUCCACACAGGGGGAAUCAAGUGCCCCUAAGAGACAGAAGUUAGAGAAGAAGAUACCUUUGUCUGCAAGAAGGUGCAUCGCAAAUAACUUCCCAUCCACAGAUUCAAACACUGAUUGGUCAGCAUCAAGUAUGAAUGGCAUCCAGGAGGAUGGUACAACUUUCAUCAACUUGGAUAGCACUACAGCAGCACAUCAUGCAGCAGUUUAUGAAUCUUCCUUCAACCCAGAAGUAGCUGUCAUUACCCACAACCAAGACCAGAGAUGGAUGCCAUCACAACACCUUCAGUACAACCACUACAUACCAGUCAGCUGCCUACCAGAAUAUCAGCAUUCACCUCAAGAAACAAGCAACAAGAUGGAGUUACUUACAGCUGCUGCAGAGAUGACCCAGGAUAUGACAAGCAUCAAAGAGGCGAGUCCUCAAAAACAAGCCCUUGAUAACUCAACUGACGCUACUACUGACAACGAUGAAUCAGCAAAUAUAUUUACCAGAAUGAAAAACUUCUACCCAUCAACAAAUGAAGCCUCAGAUUCACUCAGCUCAACACCCCAAGCACAACAAAUUAGCUCCUCAACUGCAAAUCAAAUGCAACUUGCAUUAGAAAAUGCUGAGAGGGCAAUAAACUGUAGUCUACCAGAGAUGUUUGCUGAUGAACUGGUUCCUAAGAUCACUUUAAGUAGUGCAAGACAACUGCUGGAUUCUGCUCUACUGGGAGUUCAACCAAAGUCACAGGAAAAAAAAGCUCAACUUGGGAAAGAAAGAGAUGCAAGUAGUAGAAAACAGACCAAAAAAAGCAAUGAAGGACUCAGUAAAACAAGUACUGAUGGAUGUGAUAAAGGCAAAGAUGAAGAAAAGCCCAGAAGGUCCAAAAGAGGCAGACGAUCUGGUACCUUCAAUAUGGAUAAACAAGAAUGGACACCAAAUACAAUUGAGGAAAGAAAGGAAUUACAUUUGUCCAAGGAACGAAAGAGAAGGGAAAGGAUUGCCAGGUGCUGGCACCAGCUCAGAAGGUUGAUCCCCAUGUGUUCAGACAAUGCUGACAAGGCUACAGUAUUUGAGAUGACAGUAGCAUAUCUGCACCACUGCUGGAAGCACCAUGCGCAGUUCAUACUGAACAUCAACAAGGAUUUUGAAAGAUUCUGUGGUGAAAACGGCCCUCCUGAGGAUCUGGAUGAAAUUGAUAAUUUGGUCACCACAUUGCUGGACUUGGAGGAUCAAUAAACUAAGUACAACGGGUAGGCAGACAAAUGUACGGCAUAGUUGCACAAAGCAUGUCAACUGUCCAGGAAGAGUGUGAACUAAAACUUCAUAUCCUUUA